AUGGUGCGCUAUUCGUUUGGUUUUCUUUUGUCCCUCUUCGGGGCGCUUAUCACUUUGGUUGGACAUGACCAAGGGGGGUUCUUCUUCCCCGUUGCCAAGUGCAACAUUCGCGUGCUCAACAAGGGGAAGGGGGGGCACAAGACGAGUGACAACAACAUGCAGCACCACCUAGGGGCGAGCGACCCGACAGAGGUGGGAAAAUUCAGCGUAGUUCAGAAGACGGACACACAGAGUGAGGGCGACAUGGAAGACCAAGUGGGAGAUAAAGUGGGAGACGAAGUGGAAGACAAUGUGGGAAACAAAGUGGGACACGAAAUGGGAGAUAAAGUAGGAGACGAACUGGAAGACAAUGUGGGAAACAAAGUGGGACACGAAAUGGGAGAUAAAGUAGGAGACGAAGUGGGAGACGAAGUGGGAGACGAAGUGGAAGACAAUGUGGGAAACAAAGUGGGAGACGAAGUGGGACAAGAAGUGGAAGACAAUGUGGGAAACAAAGUGGGAGACGAAAUGGAAGACGAAGUGGAAGGCGAAAUGGACCGCCGACCCGAAGGAAAAAUGUCCAGAAUUCGCUCCCGAUGGGUAGGACUCCUCAGUGAUGUUUCACCACACAACGCGUGGAGACGAUUUGGGGAUAACAUGGACGAAGAGAAGAACACAAGUGAGCCCAGCUCAAAUAAGUACACCUUUUUCGAAGCGGCGAAUGAUAGAGUGAUAAAAAAGGUGGACUCUUUGUCCCAGCCAGACCAGCAGAACCUACUACAGCAAACUCUCCAGUGGGUUCAGAUGCCCAACAUAGGCAUUUCCUGCAGAGAAACCGGGUGCCCCGAAACGUAUCAGAUGUGCGUCCCCUUCUCUUAUGAUAGCGCAAACUUUGAUGGAAAAAGGCUCUUUGAAUUUAUCCCUAUUGACGAUAUGUCAAAAAUGAGUGGGCUCAGAUUCGAUAACGAAAAUAUAAUAGACGAUAUGAGAAAUUACGUCCUCGUUUAUUCCUGCGUGUGUAAGAAGUACACUUCGGAUGGUUCCUGUGACGAAUCGGUGCAAUAA